AUGAACAAGCACAAACAAAUGUGUAAGUUACUUCUCGAAGGUGAUAGUUAUUUUAAUGACGAAAAUGUCGAUACGAAGAAAAUUAACGAAAAACCAACCAUCAAAGGAUAUUGUAGUAGCGAUGUUUGUAAAACAAAUGAAGAUGGCAUUAAUGCUUUGGCCGCAUAUAUACAUAGCGAAUUCAAAAAUUUAAUAAAAAGACAAAGUCAGUAUAAUGAUUAUGAUGAAUAUUUAUUGAUGUGGAUAAGUGAUAAAUUGCUUAAGAUACACAAAAAAAAAAAAGGCAAAAAUAUUGGAAAAGGCCGUAUGGAUGCUUUUACUUUAAAGCAGGCUUAUGAAGACUAUUUAGAGAAAUAUAAAGCAAAAUUGGAUUAUUGGGUUCAUUUAGGUAUGAUGGAGGGUUUGAAAGAAGCUAAUCUUUGGUAUAUGAGCGAAUUUUAUAAGUUAUUUAAUCACAUAUGUAAUACAAUUGUAGAUUAUGAAACAAACAGUGCCAAAAGUAAGAAUCUUUCUAAAAAUUCUAUCGGUUGCCGUCGUCAAUAUAGAACCCUUUAUAUGAACAUUUCUGAAUGCAAAUCAUAUCUUCAUUUAUUGAAUAAAUUAAAAGGUAUAUAUGAUUAUUUUAGAAGUUCUGCUAUUAAGAAAAACCCUUCAAAAAAUGAUUUAAAAACUAAACUUAUAAAACUUACACUAGGAAAUGGAAAAGAGAUGGAGGUGGUGAGAGGUUUUAAAACAUAUGACUUCAGUACUGAACAAUGUAAAUUCCCCAUAAAACAAAAAAAAAUAGUCUCAUCAAAAAAAGUGGAACCACCAGGACCAGCACCACCAUUGCAAAAAUCACAAAAACAUGAUCCACAAUCUCCACCAAAGGCUCCAGAACAGACAAAAGAUAAUAAAGAGAAAAUACCAUCACCAACUGCAAUAGAACAAUCUCAACUUCAAUUACCAAAUUUAGUCCAACCACAAGAACCAAAAUUAGAAACUGACAAGAGUACUUCAGAUAUAUCACAAAAUGGGGAAUCUAAUGAGCAAAAAGAUCCAGGCGGCGACACAGAAAAUCAAAAUCGUCCUCAAAGUGAUUUAAACAAUCAUGAUCAAACUCCAGUUACCAAUAAAGGAGGUUCCGAUGAUGGGGAAGGUGUCAAAGAUAGUGAACCAGGGGGAUCAGGUAGUGGAUCAAGUGAUCAAGGCAGUAACAAUGGUGGAUCAGAAGAUUUAAAUGGUGGGACAGGCGAUACAGACAAGGGGCCAUUAAAUACAGGUGGUGGAGGAAAUGGUGAAUUGACUGGUACAAAUACUGAAAAAGGUGAUUCAGAAGAUGGAUUAGUUGAUAAAGUUAGUGAAGCAGGAGAUAUCGAUAAUGGGAAAGAUGUUUCAAAAGGUGGAAAAGGUAAUGUAUCAGGUGGCGAUCAAAAAAGUCCAGAUGGAUCAGGAGAUUCAGGUAGUAUAUCAGAUGGUGGAGCUGGAGGUACAAAUAGUAGAUCAGGUAAUCAAACAAAAGGUUCCGAGAAUUCAGCACCUGCUUCAGAUGGUACAGGUAUACCACAAUCACCAGGUACAUCCACUACAACACCUGUAACAAGUACAGAAUUAAAAGAUACACAAAAUGGCGUAAAAAAUCCUCAAGAUAAUAUGCAAACUGGAUUAAAUAAUAUAAAAGAUCCAAAAGGUGGCCCAAGUAAUCAACAGACAACUCAAGGCGGUAAGCAAGUGGAUCAAAAUGGUGCUCCAGGGAGUUCAGGAGGGGAAUCAAAAGAUAACCCACAAAUGAAAACAAACCAAGCGGGUGAUUCCCCAUCGAUGCCCCAAAUACCAGGAUCGGAAAAUCAAGGGACUAAACAAGGCGUAGUAAAUCAACAUCAAGAUCCAAAUUCUAAGCAGGGAGUUUCGGGUGGAACAGGAGAUCCAGUUAAUGUGCCAGAUGGUGGACAAGGUAGUGGGCAAGAUAGUGGAGUCCAUGAAUCUGGGGGUCCAGGUGUUAUAUCAGGUGAUCAAUCAGUUAAAGAUAGUCAAGAAGGUAUAGGCGAUGGAAAAAAUGAACAAAGAAGUAAAAGUGGUGCAUCCGGUGAUGGAUCGGGAGGUUCAAGCAAUAUGCAACCAGAACCAUCUAAAGGAAAAGGAAGUCUAGGGGGUGAACCUGGGGGUGCAGCUGGUGGAAAAGGAGGUUCAAGUGGUGGACCAGAUGGGGGAAAGGGAGAUCCAGGUACAUCACCAUCAACACCAUCACCAGUACAACCACCAGCAGGAUCACAAUCACCCACAGUAUCGCCACCAGUACAACAAUCAGACCCAUCACCACCAGUACAAAAACCAGACCCACAACUACCAUCAGGAUCACCAUCAGCACCACAACAAGACCCAGAAGUACCACCACCAGUAGCAUCACCAAUACAAACAUUAUCACAACCAACACCACCACAGCCAGUACCACCAGAAUCGCCACCAGCAUCACCACCAGAACAACCACAGCCACAAAAUCCACAACUACCUUCAUCACCAACCACAAUACAACAAAAACAACCAUCUCCACAACCACAACCUAACACACUGCCCCCCCAAAAAGUUGAUCAACCUAAUCACAAAACAAAUGUUCAAUUAGUAAAAUCGCCAAGUUCUGACCACAUUUUCAUAAAACCCUGGAAUAUAAUUCCAACUACGUGGAAUGGAUCAGAGGAUUGUAAACCUAAAAUAAAAUUUAUGAGUACCACAUUAGUGUGCUGCACAUCUAAACAGUGUAGUUUAACUGGUGUUUCGGUUACACUUAUUUUAAUACCCAUUAUUUUAUUAAUUGCAUAUAAGUGUUUAUCGAUUGGAUCAUCAAAAAAAUCGGAAAAAAAAAACAUGAAGAGAGUUAUAAAUUUUCAUGAUGGAAACAGAAAGACAAAAAUAAUUAUAAGUUCAAAUGAUAGGAUCAAACACAUAAAACCGGUUAUAAAUUCAGUUGGUAGAAAAAAAGAUCCAUUAUUAAAUAUAUACAAGAUUAUGCAGGCUGAUCCUGCACCAUUUAUUAAUUUAUUUUUUUUGUUGAUUUUUUUUGUUUACAAAAGAAAGCGCGAUUUCAUAGAAUUAUAA